UGGACAUUCAUCGCCCAGGUGAACUCGCGAGCACAACGUGGGAUUACACUGAGGAUCUGUAAACGACAUAUAAGAGACCAGGCAUGACAUCCUUAAAAGACAGCAGUCCUCUGACCACUCAUGUGCUGAACACAGGAGAUGGACUCCCUGCUGCCCGUAUGGCCCUCAGUCUGCACAGGCUGGACCCCCAGCUUGUCCUCUGGAGCCUCAUAACUGUGGGAACCACAGAUUCGGACGGGCGGUGCCCAGGUCUUAUCUCCAGAGAGGCUUUCACUCCAGGGCUGUAUAAGAUGCGCUUUGAGACUGGGCAGUACUGGGAGAGUUUGGGCCAGACUUGCUUCCACCCAUAUGUUGAGGUUGUUUUCUCCAUCACGGAAUCGGACCAAAGGUAUCACCUUCCCCUCCUCUUCAGCCGCUAUUCAUACAGCACAUACAAGGGGAGCUAGUGAGCAUCUCUCUCUACGCUUGACCAUCAGAGAGCUUUCUAUUACUCUAAAACAAGCUAUUUUGAAAAGCUUCAGAGGAGUUUUCUUUAACCAAAUGAAAACUUUUCCUGAUCGUGCUUGUUAUACCAGCAAUCAGCUAAGAUUUAUUACUCCUUCCAUCAGAGACAGACAGUCUGUAUAACACAGGCAAACUGUCAUCUAAUGUGAUAAUUGUCAUACAGGAUUUGAUUGUUACACUCUUGUAAGUAUAACAGAAAACUUUGUUUGACUUACUCUUUAAUCCCCAAAUUUUCUAAGUAUAAAACUAUCUUUGUGUCCUCUGUGGUACAGGUUUCAGAGAAUAUUCUGAAAAGGUCAGUGUGUUCAAUAACUGUUACUC